UAGCCGCUUUUUUCUGAGCAAAUAAAAUAAAGAAAGAGGGAUUUCAGUUUCAUCAGUAUCGAACUCAGAUUAAUGUUGUUGUUCUCCGACCACCUUCAACACCUGACCUCGAACUAAUCGAAGCCUUAAAACUUCAAUCCAAGAACUGAUCAUGCAAAUGCCUCGCCAACAUGAUAAUUCCCGAGGGGUUUAUAGGCACUAUUCGGAACAAGGAAACGAAACCAGUUAUGAUCAUCCAGAAGAUGUAUGCUCGAUAGAUCAUGAGAGAAGUCCAUACAACCAUUUCAUUGUACAAAAUUCCAAUCAAGAUUUCGCUAUUGAAUCAUCCAGCGCUCAUCGAUCUUCCCCCGACAACAAUGAUCACGACGUCUCUUGUUUGACCGAGGAUUUCGAUGAGCUUCGAUACAAGUUAAUUGAGCUGGAAACCGCAUUGCUAGGACCCGACGAUCAUCAUCCAAACGCAACACCUCAAGCUAUUACAUAUGUUUCAACCAAUGAAACGAUUAAGAGGAAUGAAAUUAUCGAGAUGAUCUCGAAACGGGACUUGGAAAACCUGCUUGUUUGCUGUGCUAAGGCAAUUGCAGAAAACGAUUUACUAACAGCUGAUUGGUUAAUGACCGAGUUACGAUCGAUGGUGUCGGUUUCAGGGGAUCCGAUCCAACGGCUAGGAGCUUACGUCUUAGAAGGACUCGUUGCGAGGUUAGCAUCGUCGGGUAGCGCUAUCUAUAAAGCCUUGAAAUGCAAAGAGCCGGUUAGUUCAAACCUACUUUCGUAUAUGCACAUACUAUACGAGAUUUGCCCAUAUUUCAAAUUCGGUUACAUGUCGGCCAAUGGGGCGAUCGCGGAAGCUAUGAAAAACGAUGACCAAAUUCACAUAAUCGACUUUCAAAUCGCUCAAGGAAGCCAAUGGGUAACCCUAAUUGAGGCUCUCGCCGCCCGACCUGGUGGCCCGCCCAAAAUACGCCUGACCGGUAUCGAUGAUCCCACCUCGGCUUACGCCCGAGGAGGAGGUCUCGAGCUGGUUGGGCGACGGUUAGAGAAAUUCGCGGAAUUGUUCAACGUGUCGCUCGAGUUCAACGCGGUCCCAGUCUCCUGUUCGGAGGUCGAACUAAGACACCUCCCGGUUCGUAUUGGGGAGCCCUUGGCGGUUAAUUUCGCAAUAGUUUUGCACCACAUGCCCGACGAGAGCGUGAGCGUGGUUAACCAUAGGGACCGAAUUUUACGGUUGGUCAAGGGUUUGUCGCCGAAGAUCGUGACACUAGUGGAACAAGAACUUAAUACGAACACCGCCCCGUUUGUUCAUCGCUUCGUCGAGACUGUUAAUUAUUAUUCCGCGAUAUUCGACUCGAUCGAGGCGACUCUUCCGAGGCACGACAAGGAGAGGAUUAACGUAGAGCAACAUUGUUUGGCACGUGAGGUCGUGAACGUGAUCGCUUGUGAAGGGGCCGAGAGGGUGGAAAGACACGAGUUACUUGGGAAAUGGAAGUUAAGGUUUAGAAUGGCGGGAUUUGUGGCUUCCCCGUUGAAUUCUUACGUGAACGAAACGAUCAGGAGGUUGUUGGAGAGUUAUAAUGAGAAUUAUCGGCUUGAAGAAAGGGAUGGGGCGCUUUUUCUCGGAUGGGGAAACCGAGAUUUGAUUGCUGCGUGCGCUUGGCAAUGAAAGUAGAUUUUUCGAAACAAAAUAACACAAUAGUGACUUAUAAUGCUUACCUUUUAUAUACCUUUGUUUGUGUUUUCAAAUCUUUUGGUAAUGUAAAAUAUUGUAAUAAUGUGUAGUAUAUAGAAUUAUAAACUAAUGAAUCAAAGUAAAAGUUUCUAUA